AUGAGAGGCUGUCCUCCAGGAUCAGUCGGAGUUGCAUAUCCAUCAGGGUGGAUACAAAUGAACAUCUUUACAGACUGGUUCAAGCACAUUAUUCAACACACCAAUCCGACUCCUGAAUCGAGGGUUUUACUGAUACUAGAUGGACACUAUAGUCAUACUCACAAUAUCGAUAUAACAGAUAUUGCUAGGGAAAAUAACGUGGACAUAGUUUCGUUACCUCCUCAUACGACUCAUAAAUUGCAGCCGUUGGAUAAGACUUUCAUGGGGCCUUUAAAAACAUACUAUAGUGAGGAAAUACGCAUCUGGAUUAGAGACAAUAACAGACCUCUAAGUCCAUAUGAUAUUGUGGAGCUGCCAACGGGUUCAAAGUCACUGGAUUGUGGCCUUUAA